UCUGUUGAUGCAAAUUCUGCUGCGAGCCUUUGGAUUUCUUUUCACCAGUCAUGUCAAACAAAGAGGAAAAAUAUAGUAUUUGCAAUUUUCAGAGUGCCAAAAAUAUCAAUCAGAGGAUCUGGCAUAUGUAACUGUGGUUUAACAGCAACAUCACAUCAGUUUGAGACUGCAGGUGGAACAAAUACCUGCAGCCUUCAGACGUCUGCAGAGACCUGCAACUAUCAAGAAGUAACCUUCACUUUAGCUUUCUAACUGUUGUGGAUUACAGAACUGAGAACACAUUUUGAGUCUCAGCCAUGUGGACACAACAGAGAAACUUCUUCUAUUUGACCAUCGUCUCAUAUCUGUUUGCAUCUUCAGCGUCUGCAGAAAUCAGAUUAGCUGGGCAUCAGUCUGGUCUUUGCUCUGGAAGAGUUGAAAUAUCCUACAGCAACAGAUGGGGAACAGUCUGUGAUGAUGAUUGGGACCUUAAUGACGCUCAGGUGGUCUGCAGACAGUUAGACUGUGGGACAGCUCUGGCAGCUCCUAAAAAGGCUCAUUUUGGUGAUGGAAGUGGACUAAUCUGGCUUGAUGAUGUGUCCUGUUCUGGAAAUGAAAGAUCUAUAAUCCAGUGUCAGCACAGAAGAUCUGGGAAAAACAGCUGUACACACAAUAAAGAUGCUGGUGUCAUCUGUUCAGGUGAUCAGAUAAGAUUAUUUAAUCCAGAUAAAUCUGAGUCAGCUCGUUGCUCUGGAAGAGUCGAAAUCUUUUACAACAACACUUGGGGAACAGUCUGUGAUGAUAACUGGGACAUAAAUGAUGCUGAGGUGGUUUGCAGAGAGCUCGGCUGUGGAACGGCACAGAGUGCUGCUGUAUCAGCCCGCUUUGGUGAGGGAAAUGGAUCCAUCUCGCUUGAUGAUGUGGACUGUUCAGGAAGUGAGAGAUCUCUGACUGAGUGUGAGCACAGAGGAUUUGGGACACAUGACUGUACACACAGUCAGGAUCCUGGUGUUGUCUGCUCAGUGACUGCUAUUUUCUCAGUGAUCCUCCCAAAGCCCAGAAUCUCCAUGAUUCCUGCUGGUAAAGUUGACCGGAGAAGCGACGUCAGCAUCACUUGUUCAAUAUCACCUCAAAGCCAACAGCUUCUACAAGGAGAAUUUACUCUGAAGCAGAUUUCAGGCUCAUUCAGUCAGAAAAAACUAUCAACUACCAACUCUGCUACAUUCAAGAUCCUCCAAGUAGAUUUUGAUAAGGACGGAUUGUACCAGUGUGAAUAUUCACACGGCUCCAGCAUCUCCACAAGUGACUCUGCUAACCUCUCUGUUACUGUGUCCCUGCAGCAGCCCAACAUCUCUGUGACAUCUCCAGAUGGAGGACUGGUUGAGGUUCCUGAUGGUUCAGAGAUCAUCAGCGGUUACAGCUUCGUCUUCACCUGCACAAACAAUGAAAACUAUCCUGGAGGAGUUUUCAAUCUCAUCCUCUAUGGCUCCAAUAUGAAACGCACCAAACACACAAAGCCAUCUGUCAACAACUCAGCCUCCUUUAGUUUCCCUGUAGCUGACUUUGGACAUGACGGCCGCUACAGCUGUGUGUAUGAGACAACUCUGUCAGCAAGAACAUUCACUUCUCCUGAGGCAUCCUCGAUUCAUAUUAUCAUUAUACAUUCAAUCAUUUCAGUGCUGAGAUGUGUUUUCCUGCCACUGAUUCUGCUUUUGGAGAACAUUGCCCUUCAUUUCUACUAUAAGGUCAUCAAAAAGCAGAAAUCAGACAAAAAGGAGAACGAUGAGACGGAUGUUUCCAGAGAUGAAGAAGUGGAGGCCGAGGAGGAAGCAGUCCAAGAAAUAGAAUAGAAUCGAAACAUAUAGAAACAAAUGCACAAGUUUAAAAUUUUUGUUGGAAUUUAGAUUAAAAUAGUUUAAAUGUGGUUUAAUUAUGUUUUUUUAAAUGUGAGCCACAUUACUGCAGUGGCUCUAUUUAACCUGCCUUUACUGUCCAGUAUAAACUCUUAAUAGCAUGACUGUGACUUAAGUUUGAAAAUAAUCCUUCAUCCUCUCCAGUCCUCACUUUCUUACAUUUUCCUCCAUCUCUGCCAGUGAAGUUUUCACACAUUAAGUUUGUUACUUCUCACUAAACUGUAUCUUUGGCUAACAGACAGAAUGUGUGUCAAUCUGCACAUAAACAUGUUUUUAUGUUUGGUGAUAUUUUUGAAGUCUUUCAAAUUAUCUGUCACUUAAAAAAAGUUCUGACAUUUAUAGCAUCCUAUUAUGUGGCACUAGCUAGAUGCUUCAGUAUUGUGACUGCAACUGUACUGACAGGUAGGGGCCAGUGGGACCCCGUCAGGCUCCCUCCUGUGGUAUUGUGAUAACCCAGAGUUCAACAUAUAUUUAACAUGUAUUUUGGUUAUUUUCGAUGCAAAGUAUGAGAGUGGGCAGCUGUCAUGAAGCAGUUGUUAAAGAAGAGAAACAGGGAGGAAAGGCUGACAAAUUACACAAGAACUGGACUGAGAAUCAGAGGCAACUGACUUACAGGCUGGAGGAGGUCAGUGGGAACCAUUAAACCUCCUGACAGAUUAUAUCAGCCCUCUUUUUGACUUCCUCCUUGUGGCUCACAAAUCCUGGUGAGAUAUAUGUGGUGUUUUUAUUCCACAACCAUCUGCAAAGGAAAGAAAUCAAGGAAAAUAUACUGGUUUCUGAGAGCAUGUCAGACACCACUGAUCCAACAUGUGGCUGUAUUGUGCUGAGUAAUUCUGACACAGUAUAGGAUCAGUGAAAUUUCUCACAUCAUGUUCCCACUGAACAACAUCUGUUGUUGUACUUCCUGUAUUUUCCUGCUGCACCCUGAGCCCUCUCACUGCUACCGCUAUAAAAUGGCAAAGCUACGCCCCCUACUGUUCAAGAUCAACACUGACAACAGGACUGUAGAGACUUUUCAUUAGUGGUUUUAUUUCCUAGUACAUUAAAUACUUUUUGUUUUACUACCUGGUUGAAAAAAAGUUUAUUAACUUUAUGAUUGCUCGUCACUGCUUUUGCUACCUGUCGAAGUUCAGGGUCUGCCUGCUUGGCUCGGCAUUCAUUCAGAUAUAACUCUGGGUUCUUGGCUAGCUUAGCAUUAGCAUGCUGUCUGUGCUGAAUCUUCAAAAGAGUCAAAGUUGUGUUAUCAGCACAGUGCAGUUGUUUCUGUCCUGGGUCACGUUUUCACUUUAACA